CGAGCGAAGCGCAGAGAGCGAAGGAGGUGGUGUCUAAGCGGAGGUCGUGGUGUUGGAGGCGGGGAAGCAGCAUGGCAGCAGCGCUAAUGCUCAGAGCCUCCGUCAACUUGCUGCCUAAGCAAAGGAAGGUGUAUGCAGGCAGCAUUGCAAUGGUGUCUUCUAGGGCAAUGGCUUCCAAGACCCCUGUUGGAUUCAUUGGUUUGGGCAACAUGGGUAAUCCAAUGGCAAAAAACCUUAUCAAAAAUGGCUAUCCUGUUAUUGCAUAUGAUGUAUUUCCAGAAGCUUGUAAAGAAUUUCAAGAUGUGGGUGCACAGGUGACUGAUUCCCCAGCAGAUGUGGCAGAAAGAGCUGACAGGAUUAUUACAAUGCUUCCAUCUAAUCCUAAUGCAAUAGAGGUUUACACAGGAAACAGUGGAAUUUUGAAGAAAGUGAAGAAAGGAUCUUUGUUAAUCGACUCCAGUACUAUUGAUCCUGCAGUUUCAAAAGAGCUAGCCAAAGAAGCUGAAAAAAUGGGAGCUGUUUUUAUGGAUGCUCCUGUUUCUGGUGGAAAGUGA